GGUGGUAAAAUUUGUGUAUUUGUUGAUAUUGUAAUUUUCAUAGAAUUUACAGUGGUGUAUUUCUAUAUUAGUGAAAAUUAUUUCUACUACCUACUCUGGAGUUCAGUUCUAUCGAAAAAAACAUCCUAACGCAAUUGGCGGACGCAAGAACAGAGAGAUGACUAAAGAGAACAGAAUUUGGUUUUGAUGGAUUGCGAUAUGCCUAUAAUUUAUACAUCAAACACUGAUUGAGGUAACCCUUUUCCGCAACUCUUAUCAUUUUUUUAAUCCUCAAAUCUGUAGUCCGUCAUUCAAGAUUCUAUUUUGUUCUUAUUCUGCAUCCUGAGUUGUCCGAAUCGGAUCUGUGAAACCCAGUUGGAAAAAGAUUCGAUCCAUAGCUCAGAUGAUCCUUGUUGUUGGUGUUUCCAUCAAUCGCAUUAUAAAUUCAACCCAAUUGGAGUUUUCCCUUGAUUGAAUUGGGUUUGGUCAGGUGUAUACAGCUCAGUUAGAAUUGGGUUUUGUUGGGGUUAAUUGUACCCACAUUUCUAGGCCCUAGUUAAGUGUGGAUUUCUGGGACUUGAUGCAAUGGUUGAAAUAGCGGAAUCUUCGGAAUCUGGGUCUGGGUUGUUGAACUCGACACAGGUAAAAAUUGGGUCUUUGCCAGAAGAGGACAGUUUUCACAGGCAAGUUAGCAAUUUUGGAAGUAGUGGCUCCAGGAAUACAAGUCCAUUAGGGCGUAUAGGCUCAAGAAACACAAGCCCUUCAAGGCAGAAAGUGGUCAAGACGAAACCAAGGGGAUUGGAUGAAGAGACUGUAACCACUUUUGCUAAAGCUGUUCAACCAGAUGUUCAAAUGGAAGAUAAUAUCUGGGCCAUGCUCCCAGAAGAUUUGCUGAAUGAAAUAUUAGCUAGAGUUCCACCUUUCAUGAUAUUUCGUCUUCGAUCUGUUUGUAAAAGGUGGAAUUCAAUUUUGCAAGAUCAUAGCUUUUUGAAGUUUCACUCGCAAGUGCCCUCCCAUGGACCUUGCCUUCUCACAUUUUGGAAGAAUUCACAGACACCUCAGUGUUCGGUAUUUAGCUUGCCACUGAAACAGUGGUUUAGAAUACCAUUCACUUUCUUACCACAGUGGGCAUUUUGGCUAGUUGGUUCUUCAGGAGGUCUUGUUUGCUUCUCAGGAUUAGAUGUGUUGACAUUCAAAACUUUAGUUUGUAAUCCCUUGACACAGACUUGGAGGACAUUGCCUAGCAUGCAUUAUAAUCAGCAGAGGCAGUUGAUUAUGGUUGUUGAUAGAAAGGAUAGGUCAUUUAAAGUUAUUGCCACCAGUGAUAUUUAUGGUGACAGGUCUUUGCCAACGGAGGUAUAUGAUUCAAAGAUCGACAAAUGGUCGCUUCACCAGACAAUGCCUGCUGUAAACCUUUGUUCCUCCAAGAUGGCAUUUUGUGAUUCAAGGCUGUAUUUGGAAACUCUCUCCCCUCUUGGUUUGAUGAUGUAUCGGCUGGAUACAGGGCAGUGGGAGCACAUCCCUGCUAAGUUUCCACGCUCAUUGUUGGAUGGGUACCUAGUUGCUGGCACUCACAAACGCCUAUUUUUGGUCGGAAGGAUAGGGCUCUAUAGUACUCUUCAAAGUAUGAGGAUAUGGGAACUAGAUCACACAAAAGUCGUCUGGGUUGAGAUAAGCAGGAUGCCUCCAAGAUAUUUUCGUGCACUUUUAAGACUAUCUGCUGAAAGAUUUGAAUGCUUUGGACAGGAUAACCUAAUAUGCUUCACAUCUUGGAACCAAGGAAAAGGCCUUCUUUAUGAUGUAGAUAAGAAGGUGUGGUCUUGGAUUGCCGGGUGUGCUCUUCAAUCAUAUAACAGUCAAGUCUGCUUCUAUGAGCCAAGAUUUGAUGCUUCAAUAUACUAAACUAGUGCUUAGCUUUAAAUUUCCAACAUACUUUUUAUCAGGAACAUUAGCUAUCUUGAUGAUUUAGCAGUCUUGUUUCCUUCAAUUCCCAUAAUGCCUGCUGUUCAUCAUUGAACUCUCCUUAGGCGAUUCUCAAGCUUAAAUUUUAUCCAUCUUAAUCUAUCUGGUAAAAGUUUCGAACUCAUGUGCAAAUUCCCCUAGUUAGCUGAAGAGAGCAAUUGGAUAAGGUUUUGCAUCUGCACAUUAAUGGCCUGAGUGGUAUUCAAGGAGGAGGAAGAAGUUAAAAACAUUUCCUUGCUUGGACGAGAUUUCAUGAAGACCUGAGCGUCUGGUAUCUUCUCGAGAUGACCGUGGGGAUGGACAAUGCGGGAGUGUGGUUGUAAGAUAAAGUUUUGUUUCCAGCUUAUGUACAUUGAUCUACUCUUUGCAUAGUAUCUACGGUUUCGGGCAAAAUGCUGCAGGACUUGUUAAGUUUGUUUCAUACUCACCCAAGGUGUGGUCCAGUGGUCAAUGAAGUGAGAGUAGAGCCAUGAGGUUUCAAGUCCAAAUUCCAGCAGAGGCAGGAAACAGUAGGUGAUUUCUUUCCAUCUUCCUAACCCAGGGUUAGUAACCCUUGAUUGACAGAGUUACACGAUACCUGUGUUGGUGGUAGGUAGCAGGUACCCGGUGUAAUAGCCGAGAUGUGCACAAGCUUGCCCAGACACCACCAUCCUAAAAAAAAAAAGAUCGUGCCAUACUCUGGCCAGAUAAUCAACUACUCUAUUUCCUUUCUCUGAAAUCAUUCUGGAGCUGACACUUCCAUUUGUUGUGUAGCCGGUCAGAAGUCUACAAUCUUUUGACCAAAGUUCUAGCUGCAUGAUGUUUAGGAUCCUUGUACUGAAUCCAUUCUUGCUAACAACUGAUUCUAUAGAUUCAAGAACAGCGGGUGCGCAAGCAUCUGGAAUCUGAUUUUACAGUGAGCUGUUGAACAUUCUCCUCUGUUAAGGACAGUCGUUUCGCUAUCUCUGUAAUUCAGCAGGAAGCUGACCCAUGAUCCAAAAACCAUUAUUGGAGUGAACCCCUUAUUAAACCACAAUAAAAGCAGAGCUAGGUUUAAAGCUAUGAUGUCAUUCCUUUUUGUAGGGUAGAUUUCCGUGUUGUCUGUUUGACACUUGUCAGGCAUGUUCUGUCUGACAUAAAGCUGACCGUGUUUGGAUGAACCUUGAAAUGCCUUUGGCCAGUAGAAAAGUAGAGAAAUAGGUGUCUGUUCCUUUAAUAGUCCACAGUAUUCUCUUCACUUGACUAUUAGGGAGGCAAGAUCGACCAUUGAUGAUGCAGAUGAUAAUUGGGAGUCUGUUAAACUUUAUAUUUAUUUGUUUCUCUGUUGCUUUGUUUUCAGCUCAAUUCUUGGAGUUAGAACUGA